AUGAAUCAUUCAAAUUUAACUUCAUCUAAAGUAGAAAGUCGUUCUCGAAAUCAUGAAAAGAAUCAUUUCCGUCAACCUCAAUUAGAAGUUCAAGGAUCUUCUUCUUCCACUUCUAUUACUCCUGUAAAGCGUCAGCGAUUCCGAUUUGAAGGCAACAAUAAUGGAUUUAAUAAUAGAAAUUGUUGGAAUAGUAACAGAAAUCGGAAUAAUCCUCCAAAUGAAGAAAGUCAAUCUUCUUUAGCCAGUCUCCACCACCACCAACAAAAAAGAAUUAUUUACAGAGGGCAAAAUCGGUCAGGAAAACAUUUUGAGACUUUAACAUCAAAUACUUCCCCAACAACUACCACAAACAUUCAGACAAGAUCUGCUGAACUUAGUGAUUUACCAGGAUAUUCCUAUGAUCCAAGCAGCAAAAAAUAUUAUAAAAUUUUGGAUAAUGUUCCGGGACAGGUUAACCUUUUUCACUUAUUAUUUAACUAAAAAUACAUAU